GGAUCGGGAAGCCACUCGAAAAUCGUUUCCGCCGCCAUUGCGGAUUUUGGACAAGAGAUCAGCCGUAGUCACAUCCGCUAUCCAUUGAUGCAGUGCGGAGAGUGCAGAGAAAAACCUGACACAUUGAGCAUCCCUACAGGCACGACGUUUGGGUGGCACUUUUAAGCUGUGCAUUUUUUUUCGUCUUUUUGUCUCCACGGAGUCGUUCCGACCUACACGUAGCGCAAGGAGGUCGUAAGCUAGCGCGGUGCUGCUGCUCUGCUAGCUAGCACGGCGGCCAACAUUUCGGCACUCUGGAGAACACGGAGGGAAACACCAUGUCGCAAAUCCUGCCUAUCCGCUUCCAGGAGCACCUACAGCUCCAGAACCUGGGCAUCAACCCAGCCAACAUUGGGUUCAGCACUCUUACCAUGGAGUCAGAUAAGUUCAUCUGCAUAAGAGAGAAGGUGGGUGAGCAGGCACAGGUUGUCAUUAUUGACAUGGCCGAUCCCAACAACCCCAUCCGUAGGCCCAUCUCUGCAGACAGCGCCAUCAUGAACCCUGCCAGCAAAGUUAUUGCCCUUAAAGCGGCCAAGACCCUACAGAUCUUCAACAUUGAAAUGAAGAGCAAGAUGAAGGCUCACACAAUGACGGAUGACGUGACCUUCUGGAAGUGGAUCUCCCUAAACACUGUCGCCCUGGUCACAGACAACGCGGUCUACCAUUGGAGCAUGGAGGGCGACUCUCAGCCAAUCAAAGUCUUUGACCGCCACUCCAGCCUGGCGGGCUGCCAAAUCAUCAACUAUCGCACUGAUGCUAAACAGAAAUGGCUACUGUUGAUCGGCAUUUCAGCACAGCAAAACCGCGUUGUUGGAGCGAUGCAGUUGUACUCCGUGGACAGGAAGGUUUCUCAGCCCAUUGAAGGUCAUGCAGCAGGCUUUGCACAAUUCAAGAUGGAGGACAACACAGAGGAGUCAACUCUGUUCUGCUUUGCUGUGCGAGGACAGGCAGGCGGCAAACUCCAUAUAAUUGAAGUCGGCACUCCACCAGCUGGGAACCAGCCAUUUCCAAAGAAGGCUGUAGAUGUAUUUUUCCCUCCGGAAGCCCAGAAUGACUUCCCUGUUGCAAUGCAGAUAAGCUCCAAGCAAGAUGUAGUCUUUCUCAUCACCAAAUAUGGCUACAUCCACCUGUACGACUUGGAAACUGGCACCUGCAUCUACAUGAACAGGAUCAGUGGGGAGACCAUUUUUGUCACUGCCCCACAUGAGCCAACUGCCGGUAUCAUUGGGGUCAACAGGAAAGGACAGGUUUUAUCAGUGUGUGUGGAGGAGGAGAACAUUAUUUCCUACAUCACCAAUGUGCUCCAGAACCCCGACCUGGCUCUCCGCAUGGCAGUCCGCAAUAACCUUGCCGGUGCUGAGGAGCUGUUCGCCCGCAAGUUUAACACUCUCUUUGCUGCAGGGAAUUAUUCAGAUGCUGCCAAAGUGGCAGCCAAUGCACCCAAGGGUAUACUAAGAACACCAGACACCAUCCGCAGGUUCCAGAGUGUUCCUGCUCAACCAGGCCAGCGGUCACCAUUGCUUCAGUACUUUGGUAUCUUACUGGAUCAAGGCCAGCUUAAUAAAUUUGAAUCUCUCGAGCUGUGUAGGCCAGUCCUCCAGCAGGGCCGCAAACAGCUGCUGGAGAAAUGGCUAAAAGAAGACAAGCUGGAGUGCUCAGAGGAGCUUGGAGACCUGGUGAAGUCGGUGGAUCCCACUCUCGCUCUCAGUGUUUACCUCAGAGCAAACGUCCCCAACAAAGUCAUCCAGUGCUUUGCUGAGACUGGCCAGUUCCAGAAGAUAGUACUGUAUGCCAAAAAGGUGGGGUACACUCCAGACUGGAUUUUCCUGUUGAGGAAUGUAAUGCGGAUCAGUCCUGAACAAGGACUUCAGUUCUCCCAGAUGCUGGUGCAGGAUGAAGAGCCUCUUGCUGACAUUACACAGAUUGUAGAUGUUUUCAUGGAGUACAACCUAAUACAGCAAUGCACAUCAUUUCUACUUGAUGCCCUGAAGAACAACAGGCCCAUGGAAGGACCACUGCAGACACGUCUGCUGGAAAUGAAUUUGGUCCAUGCACCGCAGGUUGCAGAUGCCAUUCUGGGUAACCAGAUGUUCACUCAUUAUGACCGUGCCCAUGUGGCACAGCUGUGUGAGAAGGCUGGUCUCCUGCAGAGGGCGCUAGAGCAUUAUACUGAUCUGUAUGACAUCAAGCGGGCUGUGGUGCACACACACCUCCUCAAUCCAGAGUGGUUAGUCAAUUUCUUUGGCUCUCUAUCAGUGGAGGACUCUUUGGAGUGUCUUCGGGCCAUGCUGUCUGCUAACAUCCGCCAGAACCUGCAGAUUUGCGUUCAGGUUGCCUCCAAGUACCAUGAGCAACUCAGCACUCAGAGCCUCACUGAACUUUUUGAGUCAUUCAAGAGCUUUGAAGGGUUGUUUUACUUCUUGGGUUCCAUUGUCAACUUCAGCCAGGACCCAGAGGUUCACUUCAAAUACAUUCAGGCUGCCUGUAAGACGGGCCAAAUCAAAGAGGUGGAAAGAAUCUGCAGAGAGAGUAACUGCUAUGACCCUGAGCGUGUGAAGAACUUCCUCAAGGAAGCUAAAUUGACCGAUCAACUACCAUUGAUCAUUGUGUGUGACCGCUUUGAUUUUGUCCACGAUUUGGUCCUGUACUUGUAUCGCAACAGUCUGCAAAAAUACAUUGAGAUCUAUGUGCAGAAGGUAAACCCAAGUCGUCUCCCGGUGGUCAUUGGAGGUUUGUUGGAUGUUGAUUGUGCAGAGGAUGUGAUCAAAAACCUGAUCAUGGUGGUGAGAGGACAGUUUUCCACAGAUGAACUAGUUGCUGAAGUGGAGAAGAGAAACCGACUGAAGCUUCUACUCCCUUGGUUGGAGGCUCGUAUUCAUGAAGGUUGUGAGGAGCCUGCUACCCACAAUGCCCUGGCCAAGAUUUACAUAGACAGCAACAACAACCCUGAGCGCUUCCUGAGGGAGAACCCCUUUUAUGACAGUCGUGUAGUGGGCAAAUACUGUGAGAAGAGAGACCCCCAUCUGGCCUGUGUGGCCUAUGAAAGAGGACAAUGUGACCAGGAACUCAUUCAUGUGUGUAAUGAGAACUCCCUGUUCAAGAGUCUGUCACGCUACCUUGUGCGUCGCAAGAACCCUGAGCUGUGGGCAAGUGUGUUGCUGGAGACCAACAACUACAGAAGACCACUCAUUGAUCAGGUUGUCCAGACUGCCCUGACGGAGACCCAGGAUCCAGAGGAAGUGUCUGUCUCAGUCAAGGCUUUUAUGACUGCUGACCUUCCCAAUGAGCUCAUUGAGCUUCUGGAGAAGAUUGUCCUGGAUAACUCUGUCUUUAGCGAGCACAGAAACCUCCAGAAUCUGCUCAUCCUGACAGCGAUCAAAGCUGAUCGAACUCGGGUCAUGGAGUACAUUAACCGUCUGGACAACUAUGAUGCUCCAGAUAUUGCAAACAUUGCCAUAAGCAAUGAGCUGUUUGAGGAGGCCUUUGCUAUUUUCAGGAAAUUUGAUGUCAACACAUCUGCUGUGCAGGUUCUGAUUGAGCACAUUGGUAACUUGGACCGAGCCUAUGAGUUUGCUGAGCGCUGCAAUGAGCCUCCAGUGUGGAGUCAGUUGGCAAAGGCCCAGCUCCAAAAGGCCCUGGUCAAAGAAGCUAUUGACUCCUACAUCAAGGCUGAUGACCCUUCUGCUUACAUGGAGGUGGGACAAGCUGCAGCUCAGAGCGGAAACUGGGAGGACCUUGUAAAGUUUCUGCAGAUGGCCCGAAAGAAGGCCCGCGAGUCCUAUGUUGAAACCGAGUUAAUCUUUGCUCUGGCAAAGACCAACCGCCUUGCCGAAUUGGAAGAGUUCAUCAAUGGACCUAAUAAUGCCCAUAUCCAGCAAGUGGGGGACCGUUGCUAUGACGACAAGAUGUAUGAGGCAGCCAAACUGCUUUACAACAACGUGUCUAAUUUCGGUCGCCUGGCUUCCACUCUGGUGCACCUGGGAGAGUACCAGGCAGCUGUGGAUGGAGCUCGUAAAGCCAACAGCACACGUACCUGGAAGGAGGUGUGUUUUGCAUGUGUCGAUGGGAAAGAGUUCAGGCUUGCUCAAAUGUGCGGCCUGCAUAUUGUUGUACAUGCUGAUGAACUGGAGGAACUCAUAAACUACUACCAGGACCGUGGCUACUUUGAGGAGCUGAUCACCAUGCUGGAGGCUGCUUUGGGACUCGAGCGGGCUCACAUGGGAAUGUUCACAGAGCUGGCUAUUCUCUACUCCAAAUUCAAACCCCAGAAGAUGAGGGAGCACUUGGAGCUCUUCUGGUCCCGUGUAAACAUUCCAAAGGUUCUCAGAGCAGCUGAGCAGGCCCACCUCUGGGCAGAGCUGGUGUUCCUCUAUGAUAAGUAUGAGGAAUAUGACAAUGCCAUCAUCACCAUGAUGAACCAUCCUUCUGACGCCUGGAAGGAGGGCCAAUUCAAAGACAUUGUCACCAAGGUGGCCAAUGUAGAGCUGUACUACAAAGCUAUCCACUUUUAUCUGGAGUUCAAGCCGUUAUUAUUAAAUGACCUGCUCAUUGUUCUCUCUCCAAGACUGGACCACACACGUGCUGUCAAUUUUUUCAGCAAGGUGAAGCAGGUACCUCUGGUUAAACCAUAUUUGAGGUCUGUCCAGAAUCAUAACAACAAGUCAGUCAAUGAAUCUCUCAACACCCUAUUCAUCAUCGAGGAAGACUAUGCGUCACUGCGCACUUCUAUUGAUGCUUACGACAACUUUGACAACAUCUCGCUGGCCCAAGGCCUAGAGAAGCAUGAGUUGAUCGAGUUCAGGAGGAUCGCAGCAUACCUUUUCAAGGGCAACAACCGCUGGAAACAGAGUGUUGAGCUUUGCAAGAAAGACAAGCUCUACAAGGAUGCCAUGCAGUAUGCAUCCGAGUCCAAAGACAUUGAACUGGCUGAGGAACUUCUUGCUUGGUUCCUGGAGGAGGACAAGAAGGAGUGUUUCGCCGCCUGCUUAUUCACUUGCUAUGAUCUGUUGCGGCCCGACGUAGUGCUGGAGACUGCUUGGAGGCACAACAUCAUGGACUUCUCCAUGCCAUACUUCAUCCAGGUCAUGAGGGAGUACCUCAGUAAGGUUGAUGCGAUAAAGGAAAAGGUGGACAAGCUCGAAGCCUCCGAGUCCCUGAGGAAACAGGAGGAGCAGGCCACAGAAUCUCAACCAAUUGUUUAUGGCACACCACAACUCAUGCUCACUUCAGGCACCAAUGUUGCCGUGCCCCCUCAGCAGGCUUACGGCUACGGGUACACAGCAGCACCGGGCUACGGGCAGCCGCCACAGGCCAACUUUGGUUACGGCAUGUGAACACCCCCUCCCACCACCACCUUUGCCACCCACUUCUUCACAUCUCCCUCCACCUGUCCCUCUCUUUGUGUUCUUUUCCAGCCUCCCAUGGUCUUCUACCCUCAACAGAGGCCACAAGCUAGCAACAGCCCACUCUUAUUUUUUAUUUAUACUAUUAAUAUUGUUACAACAAUGUUGUCCUGUUAGAAGAAAAACACGAUUUACAUGCAAUGAAGGACUUUUAUUUGUAUUGUUUGAACUGAAAUUGGACUGCAUUUAUGUUCCCCACAUUCCAUAUUUAUGACUCCUUGUUUAGAAAUGUGUUUUUUUUGUAUGUUUCUGUGCUAUGUUUUUUUUUUUCGUUUUUUUGUUUGUUUGUUUGUUUGUUAAAUAUAUGAUUUGUUGGAAGUGGACUUGCUAAAGCUGAGCAAACUUUGAAGUAGGUGGAGGAGCAUUGGAUAUUGCACUCGUGAAGAAAUUCCUGUGGAGACAAGCUCUUACGUUUUGAUGUAUGGAACCUGUGACCAGCUUAACUGUGUCUCGUUUUGUCUGUACAAUGCAUUACAUCAUUGUAUAUUUUGAAGAGAGAGGGAAAAAAGGUUACAUAGAGUAUUUGAACAUACAAUAUAUCGCCAUUCAGAUGGCUACCCCUAGCGACACUAAGUACAGUCAUGAUAGUAUAUUCUGCACAGGUGUGUAGCUUUAUGGAGUUUUAAAUUAAAUCAGAUGUAUGUCACUUUAUGAUUGAGACUGUGUGUGUGGAUGUGAGAGAGAGCGAGAGAGACCUGAUGGUGGUCUAAAUACUAAUUUUAACCCCUCUCUAACCCUGUACGGGUGGUCCCUGCUAGAUGUUAGCUCUUCUCUGUGUGUUUAGGUGACCUCUUGUGUCGUGUAAAGUGCUUGUGUGAGACUAUCUGUGUAUGUGCAAGGGCGGGACCACGCGUGUAUGCGUUUACGCUGAGCCCUCUCUGCUGAGGCCUGUUUAUGCCAGGUGUUGUGACGUUUCCCUCGGGUCACCAUGACAUUUUAUUUUUGAUUUAUUUUUAGCGUGUACAGAUGUGAAGAUGAUUUUAAACUGUAGAUGGUGAGACAAUGCUACAACACACACACACACAAAUCUGUCCUCCACAGCUCUCAUCCUCUAAAAACAAACGACCUUUCUUUUGAUGUCCAAACGACAGCUCGAGGAAACCCACAACAUGUAGAUUGCAUGUGUAGAUGGUUAAGAAAAUAUGUCUCGGUACAUCCAGGAUGGUGUCAAAAAAGAGCCUGUAUUUACCUUGAUGUACUGUACUUCCUUACAUCCUUCAAGCAGUGUGUGUGUAAAGUGUCACUCUCCAUAAAGUCAAUUCCUUUUUGUUGUCAUACAUAUGAAUAAACAAAGGGGCUCUGUCAUUGAAAAAGUAGAAGAAUAUGACCUCACUGAAAGGGAAGUGCUAGCCUAAAUAAAAAGUAAAAAAUUGUAAA